AUGAAGCCUCUAAAGAGGGAAUCCCGCCUCAGAAUAUUAACAAGCAAAUUCUUGGAGGUCGCAGAAAACAUCAAAGAAAAGAAGCGGGCAAAGGUAUCUGAACAGCCCACACCCCCCAUUCAGGAAGAACCUGAGCCUGUUAGCAAUGUCCUACAAGGAGAUGACAUUCUUGCCUUAGCCAUUAAGGAGGAUGACUUGAAGAAGCAACACAUUCCUCGCUCUACUGGAACAGGAGAUAAACCUGUCAUUUCCCAGAAGUUUAUCCUCCGUAAACUCAAACCCAAGGAUUCCAGGAGGAAGGUCUGCCACUUGGUAGCACAUCCUGCUACGCCAGAGGCGGCCGCAAAGCCCCUGGACUACUCUGGUAUGCCCGGCCUCCGCCCUGGCCUGCCUGGCCCGGGUGACAGUUUCUACAGCGGUGACCAGAUCCUGCCCCACCACAUCUUGGGGAGUCUCCAGGACUUCAAGAGAAUUGCAGUUGCUCGGGGGAACACCCAGCUGGCUGAGCUGAUACACACCCCGCCCUGUCCGAUGACCCUCAUCUCAGCUGCAGAGGAGCCAAAGCACAAAGCCCCCAAAGAAGAGAAGGCGCCUCCCUGGGCCCCACCUCCUCAGCACAACUUUAUGAAGAACUGGCAGCGCAACCUAGCCCUGUGGAAGAGGCAGCAGGAGGCCCUGAGCGAACGGCUGAGGAAGCCUGUUGGUGAGCUGCUGAUGCACUUGGGGGAGACCUACAGACAGAUCCAGGAGGAACGGGAGCUCAUUGACCGAAUGCUCCCCACACAGCAUGACGGGAAGUGUUCUGAGGAGACCAGUGGGUUCUGGAGUCAGCUGGAGUAUUUGGGAGAUGAAACAACCGGUCUGGUAAUGACGAAGACAAAAACUCAGCGGGGUCUCCUGGAGCCGAUUACUCACAUCAGGAAGCCAUACUCCAUCCAGAAGGAGAUGGGAUUGCUGGCCCAGAAGGAUGCUCCGUACCGCUACACCUGGAAUCGGAGUCUGUUUCUGAGCGACCGGCGCCAGGAGCUGCGGAGCAUCAUGGCAGCGAUGGAGUUCAGCCAGCAGGAUAUUGACGGCCUGGAGGUGGUGGGCAGAGGGCAGCCUUUCUCAGCUGUUAUGGCAGAAGACUAUCCAGUGUGUGAAAGGAGCCAGAAAAGUUCCUCUGAAGACACAGUGAACUUAGAUUUAUUGCCCCCUUACCCUGAUGUGGUUCCCAUGCCUGUCCUUGGCCCUUCUCUGCUGUUCUGUGGGAAGCCAGCCUCCUGGACCAGAGGCAGUAACACACAGGGCAAGAAGCCCGUGGGAAUUGCUGUCAGCUUGAGCUUCGAAACUCUAGAAGGACAGAAAACAUCUUCAGAACUGACUGUGGUCAAUAACGGCACGGUAGCCAUUUGGUAUGACUGGCGGCGGCGGUCCCAGCCAGACUCUUUUCAAGACCUGAAGAGAAACAGGAUGCAGCACUUUUACUUUAAUAAUCGGGAAGGUGUGAUUCUCCCUGGAGAAACGAAAACCUUUACCUUCUACUUCAAGUCUUUGCAUGCUGGGAUCUUCAGGGAAUUCUGGGAGUUUGGAACUCACCCCAUCCUAUUAGGAGGUGCUGUCCUGCAGGUCAAUCUCCAUGCAGUCUCCCUGGUCCAGGACAUGUACAGGGAUGAGAGGAAGCAACUGGAAAAAGAUCUGUCUUCCCAUGAGGUGGCCACCAUUGCACAGUGUUUGCUGCUGGAGCUGCUGGAGGGGAUCCUGACUCAGGAGCGAGCACAGACCCCCGUGGAUGCCUACCUCACAGAGGAGGACUUGUUCCACCACCGGAACCCUCAGUUGCACUACCAGCACCAAGUGGUGCAAAACCUGCACAGAUUGUGGCACCAGUACAUGACCCUGCCCUCCAAGGCCGAGGAGGUCAGGCCAGGUGAAGAGGAGCGCCGUGGCCCCAGGGCCCCGGCGGCCGUGACCCAGGCGGCCCACUUGGAGAAGGCCCCAAUGAACGUCGAGUCUUUGGCACCCGUUCGGACCCCAGUCUUGGAAUCCCAACUGCCCCGGCAGGAGAAUAUGGCCCUCAGGGACUCCCAAGAUUCUUUCAGGUCCCAGAAGACUGGCGUGGGGGCCCGGAGUUUUCAGCAGAAGGGCGCCAUGGAGGAGGCCCUAGUGCAGGGGAGCCCAGACCUGGGGGGCGCCAAGAGCCCCUGGGAGCUGGAGCGCCUCCCCCCGCCUGAGUGGAACCUCUGCCUGGAGGACUUCAGGAAGGCAGUAAUGAUGCUCCCUGAGGAGAACCAGAGAGAAGACACCCUAAUCAGGCUCAACAAAGAAGCCCUGGAGCUGUGCCAGGAACAGAGACCAUUGCAGUCUGACUUCCUGUACCAGAUGUGUAUGCAGCUGUGGCGGGAUGUGAUCGACAGCCUGGUGAGCCAUUCCCUGUGGCUGAGGGUGCUGCUGGGCCUGCCCGAGAAGGAGACCACCUAUUUGGACAUGCCAGGAGAGCAAGGUCGAAAAUCACCUUCUGCCGUGGAAGUGAAGUCGUCUACCGGGAGAAUUGGGAAGGAGGACCGGAGAGGGGCAGCCCAGGAAAAGAAGCAGUUGGGAAUCAAAGACAAAGAAGACAAAAAAGGAGCUAAACUGCUGUGGAAAGAGCAGGACCGCUUACAAAGCAAGAAGCACAAGGCAAAGGACGAUAAGAAAUCUGUGAAACCUUUAAGUCGGGACAGGCUUUUCUUGGAAGACCCUGUCCCUGACAGCACCACCCCUUCUCAGGAACCCAUAGACCCCCUGGUCAUGGAGAAAUACACCCAGAGGCUGCACAUGGAGGUCCAUGGGCUGCUGGACACCCUGGUGACCAACCUGAUGCUUCUGGCUGACGAGCUCGGCCCCGGAAAGAAUGUUGAGGAGACUUUGAGUCUUUGCACUUGAUUCAUGUGCCCAAGCAGCCUUC